UCUGAAUUAUUCGGCCUCCCCCACGAUCCAGGAAGGCACGAAGUGCAGGCAAAGGGGAAUUCCAGUCCGGCCGCCGCCACGACACACCGGACCGGCGAAGAGCGAGAGACGGAGAUGGCGCUCACCAACUUCAUCGUGACAGCGGCGGUGGUGGGCGGGGCGCUGCUUCUCUUCACUACCGACGUCCGCAAGUCCGGCGCUGUCUUCCGCCGCAACGCCCGCCAAAUCCGACAGUGGCUCGAGGAGGACACCGCCUCCGCCGCAUCCAAGUCUGCAAAAGAAGCAGUUCCGCCUCCCAGGAAGCUGGAUACAGAGGUUCCCAAGGACAAGCCAAAGGAUCACUGAAAUGGACAACAAAAAUAUGUUUCCAUUUUGAGAGAAGUAUGUUCAGCCAAAGGAUCACUGGAAUGGACCGCUGGAUCGCAUAGAUAUAACUUUUGUCGAAGUUACUCAACUUGUUCUACCCUUGCUGAGUGAUAGAGAUCUGUAGCUCAUAAAUACAUGCAUGACGAAUAUGUUUCCAUUUUAAUACAAGUAUUUUGGCGCCUGUGUA